ACUGAUUUCCAUUAAGGGCAGUGGGCGGCGCGCACACACAGCCCGUGUGUCUUAUUGCGAUAUACGUGAGUGCGCGUCCGUUAUCAUCCAGCCAGCCAGCCAGCCAGCGAGCGAGCCUGCACUCCUCAAACCAAACCCGAGCCGUACCACGCCGAGCCGAGCCAAAACGAUCGGAGCAUUUGAAGUUGGCCCUGCCGCCCCCUCACAGAGGCAGCAGAGCAGGGACGAUGACCUGGUAGCGCAUCUAUUACGCACGCGACCCGCCGUCUGUCCCUUAUAAACCCACAUUCUGCUUCUUCUUUUUUCUUCUUUUUUUUUUUUUAUAACGUUUAAUUCUCUCGCGGAGACCAUGGCUACGGCAGUUCACAGGAGCGAUAUUUUCAUCUCCCAGCUGCUGCUUUUCAGCCAAAUAGUUGUGGCAGCAGAGCCGCUGGUCCGAGGCCUGAGGAAACUCCCCGAAGAUGUCGACUGGUCCUACUCAGGUGCCCUGAACCAGCACAACUGGGGAAAGAAGUACCCGCCCUGUAACAGCGCCCGGCAAUCUCCUGUGGACAUUGACGAGACGUUCACCCAGGUCCGGCUGCAGUACCAGAAUCUACAGCUAGAAGGCUGGGACAAACUGACCGCAGAGUCCAGCACCAUCCACAACAACGGGAAGGCUGUCUCCCUCCAUGUGGAAGGGGAGUUCUUUGUCAGUGGAGGAGGGCUGAGCUCCAGGUUCCGUGUUGCUACAGUUACCUUCCACUGGGGGCACUGCAAUGCCACAUCAGAUGGGUCUGAACACAGCCUGAAUGGGAUGAAAUACCCUCUGGAGAUGCAGAUCUACUGUUACGAUCCAGAUGACUUCCAAAGUCUGGAGGACGCUAUAAGAGAAGGAGGGAGGAUCGCUGCUUUGGCAGUGCUCUUUGAGAUCAGCUUGGAAGACAACGAGAACUUCCGUCCUGUAAUAGAGGCUGUCAACACUGUCAGCAGGUUUGGUAAGAGCGGGUCGAUGGAAGCUUUCACCAUGCGGUCCUUGCUGCCGAAUAACACAGAUAAAUAUUACAUCUACAAUGGCUCACUAACUACACCCCCCUGCUCUGAAACGGUGGAGUGGAUCGUCUUUAAACACACCGUGGCCAUAUCCGAAACACAGUUGGAGGUGUUUUGUGAGGUGAUGACCGUGCAGCAGGCUGGAUAUGUGAUACUGACGGAUUACCUGCAGAGCAACUUCAGGGAGCAGCAGCAGCAGUUCAUGGGUCAGGUGUUUGCCUCGUACACCGGAGUGGAGGAAGUGCUCACACCCACCUGCAGCUCAGAGCCAGAGAACGUUCAGGCCGACGCCCAGAACGACACAACCAUCAUGGUGAUGUGGGAGCGUCCCCGUGUGGUUUACGACACAACCAUCGACUGGUACACCGUCACAUACCAGAGGCUACAGAGCCGAGACCAGAGCAAGCAGGAAUACAGGACAGACGGGGACCAGGACGUGGGUGCCAUCAUCCCUAGCCUGCUGGCCAACAGCAGCUAUGUGGUUCAGGUGGUUGCAAUUUGCACCAAUGGACUCAGAGGACGAUGGAGUGACCAGAUUAUAGUGGACAUGCCGUUAGAUGACCCUGAAAGUGAUUCGGAUCCCGACGCCGUCACAAAGGAUUUGGAAGGCCGCAGGGAGGUCUCAUCUAAAGCCAAAUCAGAGAAGCCAGAGAACCAGAAUCAGGUGGAUUUGUCUCCAGAGGACCACAGCCCCGUGGAGGAGAUCCCAGUGGAGCAGACCAGAGUUUACCAGAACCAGCCCUCCCACCACCAGAACCUCCCGGUCCAGGUCAGCACCCCAAAGACUCCCUACGAGUCCGCCGUUCUACAGAAACCUCGAUCCAGCCAGGAUGGGAAAAAGAAGCCGGACCAGAACGGGUCUAGUCCCGAUGAUAUGGAUCAGAACUGGAUUUACGAGGACAGUGAUCCAACACGCGGGCCGCUCAGAAACGCCGGUUUUGACAGCAACGGCGCAAUAUGGGUCACUGAGGUAACCGAGCAGCCGGGCUUCCUGUUUCCAGUCGCUCGGACAAACACACUGCCGGCGGUUCGCCGACAAAUCACAGAAGAGGCCUCGUUGUCAGUGUUGCCACAUCAGUCAGGGGAUCACAGUACACAAGACCGAGCUGGAGAAAGUGGCCUCCCUUCUCCCCAAACGGACGUCUACACCCCUCCUAUGGAGGACGUCCAAGUCACAGAUAUCUUCUAUGAAGACACAGUCAACCACUCUCCACUAGAAAGCAGCACCUCUGCUGCAACAGUGUCUUCUUCUUCUGCUGCUGCUGUGUUGCCAGGUAAUAAAGUGGACAAAGUCUCUUUGCUGUCCUCUGGAGACAAACCUCUACCAGAAACCAUCACCUCCGAUUCCUCCAGCCCGCCCCCCCUCUGGAUCACGGCGAGGGCGGCCACCCCCAGCAACACGCUGGCCGAGUCGGUCUACAAAUCAUUCACCACCUCCCCUCUCCUCAGGGCACUGAUGCAUACGACCCAGCCCAUGUUCAACGAGGGAAGCAACAGCAGCCACGAGUCUCGGAUCGGGCUGGUCGCAGGUCUGGAGAGGGAAAAGAGGACAGUCGUUCCUCUGGCUGUCGUCUCCACUCUCACCAUCCUCUGUCUGCUGGUGCUUGUGGGCAUACUGGUCUACUGGAGAAACUGUUUCCAGGUGGCUAAUUUCUACCCAGAUGACAGUGCGUCACCUAAAGUCCUAUCAGCUCCAUCUACACCCCUGCUGCUGGCCACAGACGGUCACGAGCCGCUGUCGGUGAAACAGUUUGUGAAGCAUGUCAUGGAGCUGCACACCACCAACACUUUCUCCAAGGAGUUUGAGAUUGUCAAAGAAUCCUAUGAGGAAGUGCAGGCGUGCACCGUGGAGAUCGGCAUCACUGCAGACAGCUCCAAUCACCCCGACAACAAAAGCAAGAACAGAUACAUAAACAUACUGGCCUAUGACCACAGUAGAGUCAAACUGUCCAACAGCUUGGACAGAGACGGGAAAUGUGGAGACUACAUCAACGCUAACUUUGUAGACGGUUAUGAGCGAACGAGGGCGUACAUCGCAGCUCAGGGGCCCCUCCGAGCGGGCCGGGAGGACUUCUGGAGGAUGAUCUGGCAGCAGAACGUUGGAGUCAUUGUCAUGAUCACCAACCUCAAGGAAAAAGGACGGACAAAAUGUGACCAGUACUGGCCGGAGGAGAACCAGGAAGAAUACGGCCCGUACCAGGUGACCCUGAAAAGCAGCAAGACCCUCGCUUACUACACGCUGCGGAUGUUCACUGUCAGAGAUACCACAAAUAAGGUUUCUCAGAGGAGAGUUGAACACACCGUCCUCCAUUACCACUACACCCAGUGGCCAGACAUGGGCGUCCCAGAAUACACUCUGCCUGUCCUGUCCUUCAUCAGAGCAUCCUCUCGGGCGCGGACACAGGAGAUGGGACCCGUACUGGUACACUGCAGUGCCGGUGUAGGAAGGACCGGAACCUACAUAGUGAUAGACAGCAUGCUGCAGCAGAUCCAGGAUCAGGGUACGGUGAACGUUCUUGGUUUCCUGAAACAUGUCCGAACGCAGAGGAACUUCCUGGUUCAGACGCAGGAGCAGUACGUGUUCAUCCAUGACACUCUGGUGGAGGCCAUCUUGAGCCGUGGCACCUCGGUGACCUCUGACCUCCUCCACACUUAUGUGUCUGACCUUCUAACCCCUGGGGCGUUAGGCAGGACACGCAUGGACAAACAGUUCAAGUUGAUCAGUCAGCGUCAGGCCAAGCACGCCGACUACAGCACCGCCCUGAGAGACGGCAAUGCUGAGAGGAACCGAGCCAGAGCUCUGAUGCCUGUGGAAAGAUCAAGAGUGUGUCUGACCGCUGCCGAGUCAAACUCCACCGGGUACAUCAACGCCUCCUACGUCAUGGGACAUCACCACAGUAAGGAGUUCAUAGUGAGCCAGACUCCUCUGAGCAGCACGGUGGCAGAUUUCUGGAGAAUGGUCUGGGAACACGGCACACACACUGUUGUCCGUCUGCCAGACACACACUGUCAGAGUGAACAGGGGGAGUCUUGUGUUUACUGGCCCAGUAACGACCAGCCAAUGAGCUUUGAGGGUUUCACUGUGUCGUACUCGGGGGAGGAGCAUGUGUGUCUGUCCAAUGACGAGAGACUUUUGGUGCAGGACUUUACAGUGGACUCUCCAGAGAACAAUUAUGUGUUGGAGGUGCGUCAGUACAGCGCCGCCUGCUGGCCCAACCCAGACAGUCCCAUUAGGAACUGUUUUGAUCUGGUCAGCACAGUCCGAGAGCACAGUAGACAUUCAGACAGACCCACAAUCAUACACGACCCGCUGGGAGGUGCUACAUCAGGGCUGUUCUGUGCCCUCACGGCCCUGUCCAGUCAGCUAGAGGAGGAGGGAGCGGUAGACGUUUACCAGGUGGCACGGAUGACCAACCUCAUGAGGCCUGGGGUUUUUAAUGAUUUAGAGCAGUACCAGUAUCUGUACCGAGCUGUGCUGAGUGUGGUGAGCAGCCAGGAAGACCAGAGAGCCCUGCAGAGUCCAGAAACCAACGGAUCGGUACCACUGGGACAGACCAACAUCGCUGAAAGCCUGGAGUCACUCAUGUAGACACAGGCAAAAACAACACGCAAACAUGUCACAUACACAGAAAAUAUGCAUCACACAGACACACACACACAGACACACACAGACACACACAGACACACACACACACACACACACACACACACACACACACACACACACACACACACACACACACACAGACUGAGUGCUGUGGUGACUUAGGCUUAGUCUGACAUGAGAUGAGAGGAUGAACACCACCUUUUCUGUGUCUGUGGUUCAUAGCUGUGUCCGCUGGGCGUGUGGCGUGGUUAGACAGGUCAUUAAAAGUGAUAACCUUUACUCACUGUGUCAUACUGUCAGCGUUAGCGUGCACAGCAGACUGAGCUACCAGAACCCACCAGGCACAGAGCUUAUUUCUGAUGUUUAACCCUCAUGUCGGACACAGUGACCAACCGGCCAUGAUGCGACUCCUCCUUUUACAAGGGCAAAGGUACCACUUUCAAAUAAGGCACUGCUUAUAAAGGAUUUCAUUUGAGUUAUAAAUGGUUGAUAAAUAAUGUACUCAUUUUUCAUAGAUCAGUGAUAGGUCUUUAAAUAAACAAUGUUUGUGUUGCCAGGUUGUUAAACUCCCUUUGACUGCUCAGACAGUUUCAAAUCCAUUUAGUCAAAUUAUAACUACGUUCUUAAUGGCUUAAGAACGUAGUGAGAACUCAAUGAGCAUUUAUUAAGGGUAUAUUAUGAAGUAUUUUACAAAAAAACUAUGUAUAGAUUAAUACAAAAAUAGUCCCUUUCAAUCAUCACUUAUGACCUACUAGAAGUGUGUCGUGGUAUCUGAUCCUCUCUUCUCAUUUUGCUGAGUGCGGGACGUUUAUGGGCGUCAGCAAAAAGCCUUUGAGCCCCACGUGCAGGGUGGGCAGCCAGUUGUCAUUUCCAAUACGCUGCUUAAUCACAGAUCAAUCUCUGCAUUCCCACUGAAUCUAGCAAUGUGGCUCCUUCUCGCAGAGGUAUGGCUGCGUUUAUGGUGGGCUUUGGAACGUAAGCGCUGUGAAACAAUCAGAAAAAACGUUUUAUUCCUCCGAUUCACUGCUUUGUGCGGCGCUCCCUCUCUUCAUUCACUCUCUAGCUCGACCACCACUGCUCUCUCUCUCUCUCUCUCUGGCUCAUUUAGCCGGGGAGGAGGGGCCAACUGUGACCGCUGUUUACAGACCGUACCGCCUGGAUUCCACCAGGCGCAGAUGCGCCGCGUUUCGGUUGGGCCGUGGUUUUGUUCCAUCGUUCGCCACACAUACCACGCUGGGAGCAUCUCAGAAGCGGAGCGUCUGGCACAGACGCGCCUGGUAGAAUUAAGGGGUAAGCGAUACCUCCUACAUAAUAUAACUUUAUUUACUUUAUUACCAGUCAAAAGUUUGGACACGUUUUCCCAUAAGCAUGUUUAAUCUUUUGACUGGUACUGUAUAACUGCAUUUUUACCGAAGAGAAAGGACAAACACAAGCUAAUGGGAUUUUUGCCAACCCCGAUAACUAAUCUAUAUAUUUACAAAAAAUUGCAAAUGAUUUAUCAGCCAUUAAUAAAGCAAUUAGUUAAAAUGUCUUUGUAACAGGUUCCUUAUUAGAAAGUUGUACCAAGAAAGCUUCACUGCCUUUUCAACAAGAACCAACAAACUUUCCAACUGUGUAUCUGUUGCUGGUCAGCAUGGAGCCUGAAGCUGCAGAGAGGAGAGGCCAAAAACCUUCGGAGGUGAAUUUUUUUUUUUUUUUUUAGGUAGAAUUUCUACCUAAAAUUAAUUUCUCAUUUCAUAGGAAAUUAUUUUUCUUAAUGAUGAAAGGAGUCAGCUGUUUAAUUCCAACAACAGACCUACCUUAAAUUCGUAACUUAUGUCUAUUUUAAUCUUUCGUUAACAUUUAUUUCUUUGAUUAGUGGUCUCUUUGCCUUUUUCAUCACUCGGUCUUCUAAAAGACAGACAUGAAUAUGAAUAAAAAUUGAAAUUGGCAAACAGGCAAAACAAAUAGAAAUAUAUUCGAUGCAAAUGAUAGUAGAACAAGAUGACUUCAUUGUUAACCAGCAGAUUUUGGGGCUCAAACUACCACGUAUCCUUAUUUA